AUGGAUCCUUCAUCGCCAAUCUGCCGUGAGCUGGCCUCACCUGGCAUCUUCCAGCCUGUACUAUCUGUGUAUGUGUCCGCCUGUAAAUCCCAGCUGCGUCUGGAAACUGACUCGUCCCAUAUCAGCUUGAUCAUUUUCGGCAUCCUGAUUUCUUAUUUACCACAACACAUUCGAAUCAUCACACGACGAAGCUCCUUUGGAAUUUCACCGUAUUUUGUGCUUCUCGGUACCACUUCGGGUACAUGCGCCUUUGCAAAUAUUUUGGUCUUCCCGAAAACUGCUCAGGAUGCUGCUUGCUGCAAGGAGAUUGAUGGGUUGGCCUGCUUCGCAGGGCUCCUAGGUGUUUUUCAAAUGGGAACGCAAUGGCUAAGCUUCUUUUUAAUCCUACUCCUCUUCGUGAUCUACUUCCCCAGGGCUACCUCCGCCACCGACCCGGCCGCCUCUGUCUCUUCGACCUCCAGUGGCCCGACGUACCGCACUGCUGUUUCGAUCACUGCCAUCUGUCUGUUUCACGCCCUAGCUAUAUUGAUCAUUUCGGUGGCAUUUGCUAUCCGCCAACCCGCUGCUCUCCCAGCAUGGGCGAACUUCCUCGGGAUCUUAGCUGCUAUUCUUGCGUCCAUUCAGUACUUUCCACAGAUUUAUACAACUCUCCGGCUGCGCUGCGUGGGAAGUCUGAGUAUCCCGAUGAUGUGUAUCCAGACACCUGGAAGUCUAGUCUGGGCUGCCAGUCUUGCAGCGCGCGAAGGAGUCAAAGGCUGGAGUGUUUGGGGUGUAUUGGUGGUCACGGCUUGUUUGCAGGGAACUUUGUUGGUGAUGGCCAUCUACUUUGAGUACUUUGGCCCCGAAAACAAACGCAAGGGAAGCGCGAAUGAGGGCCCGGAUGAGCAGGAUGAGCCAUCGAACAGGCCUUCCUCGUCUGAACGACCUGAGGUGCCGGCACGGGAGCCGGUGUCCGAGGAACAUCCUUCUGAAGAGACCCCACUGUUGCAAAGCCAGUGA